AUGGCUAAAAAGAACGCUGCUCAACGUCGUAAGCAAAAAGCUGCUGCUGCUGCCAACAACAACAACAACAACAAAAAGGCUACCCAACAGGACGAUUCUACUCCUUCUACUACCAACUCAUCCGCUGCUCCCUCUAUUGACCAAUCUACUGCCGAUAUUGCCAACGAAACUUCUGCCAUUGUUGAUACUAAAUCUGAUCUCGAAAACAAACCUGAAUCUACCAAUGCUGAUGCUGUAGCCGCCGGUCAAUCAAGCCAGGCCAAGGUUGAAGAGAUUCCCAAGGUGGAAGAAGUCAAGGUGGAAGAAUCUAAGGUUGUAGAAGCUCCCAAGGUCGAAGAAAUCAAGGUUAAGGAAAUUCCCAAAGUUGAAGAAGCUAAGGCUGUAGAAGCUCCCAAGGUCGAAGAAAUCAAGGUGGAAGAAGCUAAGGUUGUAGAAGCUCCCAAGGUCGAAGAAAUCAAGGUUAAGGAAACUCCCAAAGUUGAAGAAGCUAAGGUUGUAGAAGCUCCCAAGGUCGAAGAAAUCAAGGUGGAAGAAGCUAAGGUUGUAGAAUCUCCCAAGAUCGAAGAAAUCAAGGUUAAGGAAACUCCCAAGACUGAAGGAACUCCCAAGACUGAAGAAACUCCCAAGACUGAAGAAACUCCUAAAGUAGAAGAAACUCCCAAGACUGAAGAAACUCCUAAAGUGGAAGAAGCUCCCAAGACUGAAGAAGCUCCCAAGACUGAAGAAACUCCUAAGGCUGAAGAAAAUUCUAAGGCUGAUGAAGCUAAAGUAGACGCCAAGGACGAAACCCAAAACACUGUUGAAGCGAACGUAGAACAACUCAAGGUGGAUGAACCAACGACGGAUAAGGAAGACAGCGACAACAAAACUGAGGAUGUCAAAUCAAGUGAAAAGACAGCAAGUGUAGAUGGUGUGGCUACUCUCAAUGGUACUGUGAAAAAGGAUAAAUCAGUGAAAAACAAGUCUUUGCAAAAGAGAAAAUCAGUAUUUGGUUUAUUCAAAAAGGACAAGAAGAUUUCUGUGCCUGCUGUACCUAUUGAACAAACACUUGAAAAAGAAGUUGUCAGUACUGAUUCUGCGAAGGAAAUCAAGAUCAAGGAUAGUAAAAAGGAAAAUAAGCGCAAGACAUGGCAAUUCUGGAAAUGA